AAGCAGAGGGCACAAGCGACGGCCAACAACGACGGGCAAACAAAAGCGAUACCUGCUGAAGCUGAAGGCAUUUCGUUGGGCGCAGCGGUACGAUGGACCACUAAGUUAAUUAGGCGUUGAUCUACACUAAAGUACAGGACAAAAAACGUUGAAGAUGUGGGUCCCAGCGAGCUUAGUAUUUACCCUUUGCAUCACGCAGUCGCUAGCUCUACUGCAAUCUCCGCCGAGGAUGGUGAAGCAGCCGCCCACGGACGAGAUCCUCUUCCAAGUAGCCGUUCAUCAGAGUGAGAACGACAAGCCGUUUAUCAUCGAGUGCGAGGCCGAGGGAGAGCCGGCUCCCAAAUACCGGUGGGUAAAGAACGGAAAGCCAUUCGAUUGGCAAACCUACGAUGACAGAAUUUCGCAACAGCCUGGUCGAGGCACGUUGACCAUCACAGUCCCUAGAGAUGAGGACAUAGGCCAGUACCAAUGCUUUGCCACGAACGAGUGGGGAACUGCCACUUCAAAUUCGGUGUUUGUGCGCAAAGCCGAGCUUAACAAUUUCAAGAAUGACGACGAGCUUGAAACUAUUGACACAAACGAAGGUGAACCCUUCAGUCUCAAAUGCCAGCCUCCUGACGGUUGGCCAAAACCAAGCGUGCACUGGCUGAUCCAGGCUCAGGAAGGUGGUGGCAUCAAGAGCAUCAACAGCUCCCGCAUCACAAUCGAUCCUGAAGGAACCCUCUGGUUCUCAAAUGUCACCAAGGAUGAUGCGAGCGUGGACUCGACUUAUGCUUGCUCUGCGACUUCCUACUUUAGAAAUGAGUACAAGAUUGGAAACAGGGUGAUGCUGAAUGUGUUGGCCACUGGCACCUCCGCGUCGCAGAAUCGCCACGAACCCGUCCAACAGUACGUAACGAGGAAGAAUGAAGUGGCCUUUUUGGGCAAGAAGGCUGAACUCUAUUGCAUUUUUGGUGGAACACCUCUUCCUGAAAUCCUAUGGAAGAAGAAUGGAAGUCCUAUUCCACACGGUCGUGUUACCAAGAAUAAUUACGGCAAGAGUUUGUUCAUAAAACAUGUGAGUGCUGAAGAUGAAGGUGACUACAGCUGUGAAGCGUCCAACGGCGUUGGCUCCGCAAAGAGUUAUUCCAUUAGGCUCACAGUUUUAGCCGCACCGUAUUUCACUGUUGAGCCUGACAUUGUGAAUGCUGCUGAGGACGAAAGUGCUGAAUUCAGUUGUGAUGCCAAGGGUGUGCCAGAGCCUCAGAUCAAGUGGAUAUACAACGGAUUGCCCAUCGAACAAGCUCCAACAAACCUUCGACGUAAAAUCCAGUCAAACAAAAUCAUCAUUGACCGCCUGGUUAAGGGUGACACUGGCAAUUAUGGCUGCAACGCCACAAACAGCAUUGGUUAUGUCUACAAAGAUGUCUACGUCAAUGUCCUAGCCCUUGCUCCUGAAAUCACUGAUGCUCCUCAAAACAUCUCUGUUGUCAACGACAAGGAUACAACCCUCACAUGUCGCGUGUUUGGUGCACCCAAACCUCUUGUGAAAUGGAUCAGGGGUGGUACAGAACUGACUGGUGGAAGGUACAAGACCAACCCAAACGGUGACUUGACUAUCAUGAAAGUCAACUUUUUGGAUGCUGGUGAUUACACUUGCCACGCUGUCAACAAGUUUGGAAAUGACGAACGUCAUGGCAGCCUAGUAGUGAAGGAACGGACAAGGAUAACGGACGCCCCUGAAGAUUAUGAGGUAGCCGCUGGAACGACAGCAACUUUCAGAUGUAACGCCGUCACCGACCCAAGCUUAAAAAUGACCAUCAGUUGGCUGCACAAGGAUGAGCCAAUUGACUUUGAUGCUCAGCCUCGAUUCGUUUUAUCGACUGACUACUCCCUCACGAUAACUAAAGCUCAUGAAUUGGACUCUGGCAUGUACACUUGCGUCGCCAGCACAGAUUUGGACAGUGAAAGCGCCAGUGCUACAUUAAUCGUUCAAGAUGUGCCCAACCCGCCAAGUCUGAAAGGCAUUAGGUGCGAUGAGCUUGAGGCUAAAAUUGCAUGGGAGUCGAAAGGUGACAACAGAGCACCCAUCGUUCGGUACACUAUUCAAUACAACACAAGCUUCACCCCUGACUCUUGGGACAUUGCUGCCGAGAAAGUCCCCAGAUCAGAAUCAUCGUAUACGGUCCCUUUGAGCCCUUGGUCAAACUACACCUUCCGUGUAAUUGCUUGGAACAAAAUCGGACAAUCUCUUCCCUCUUCGCACUCCGGUGUCUGCUCCACGCAGCCUGAUGUACCUGCAAAAAAUCCCGACAACGUUGAAGGAAGGGGAGAUCAGCCUGACAAUAUGGUGAUCAUGUGGACGCCAAUGCCGGAAAUAGAUCAUAAUGCACCCAGAUUCCAAUACCGCAUCAUGUGGAGGCGUGCAAUCGAAGGCGCAGAUUGGCAGUCUAAAGACGUAUCAGAUUGGACGGUAGACAGAAUUACAGUUCCCAACCUGCCUACCUACCAGCCAUACAAGAUCAAGGUCUUGGCCAUCAAUGAAAAAGGCCAAGCUAACGUGGCUGCGCAGGAAGUCACAGGCUAUUCAGGAGAAGACAGUCCACUUCAAGCUCCAAGGGAUUUCAAUGUUACUCUGAUUGACAGCACAAGUGCUUUGCUUCAUUGGGAAAAGGUGACCAAUGAUAGCGUGCGCGGGGAAUUCAAAGGCUACAAGAUCCAAACAUGGACUGACAAGGAAGGCAUGGAGAACAUGCGAGAAAUCCACGUCUCCAGUGACAACAGCCGCGCACUGAUCAACAAAUUUGUCCCGUACUCGAAAAAUUUUGUCAGAAUCAUGGCUUACAAUGGUCGCUUCAAUGGACCACCCAGCGAAAUCCUUUCCUUCAACACACCCGAAGGAAUUCCUGAAGCUGUCCCGUCUCUUGAGGCACACCCACUUGGCUCGUCGGCCUUCCUCCUCAAGUGGCAAAAACCACUGCGAACCAAUGGAGUCUUGACUGGCUAUAAAAUUUACUACCAGGAUGUCAAGGGUACCCAAGUUGGAACUGUUGCACAAAGGAAGCCCAUCACAGAUCCAAAGCAACUUCAUGCCAAACUGGCUGGUUUGAAACCAGACACCAAGUACAGAAUCACAAUCAAAGCCACAACACAAGCUGGUGAAGGAAUUGGAAACUUCAUUGAAACGAGCACGUUGCCGCCUGUGGCCAAGAAACCAGACGUGCCUGAAUUUAGAUGGAAAAAUGAAGCGUCUGACAAUGGCUUGUCAAACAUCAGAGUGCAUUGGCUUCCGAACGUUGAGGGGUACUCAGGAUCGCACUUCCAAGUGAUGUACAAGCUCCGAGGAGAACCCAUAUUUGAAAUCUCGGAACCACAGUUGGAUGAAGAUUACAUAAUUGUGAGGGGACUUAAGCCUGGUGAAACAUACGAAAUGCAGGUGGUUGCUGUCGAUGGUGACCACCACACCGAGAGCAAGAUUCAGGAGGUUGAGACUUACAGCGAUGGCCCAAUCAUCACUCAAAAAGAAACGGUCGCCACAGCUGGCUGGUUCAUCGGUAUGAUGCUUGCAAUCGCAGUGCUGCUUUUAGUCCUCAUCAUUGUGUGCAUCGUCAAGAGAAACCGAGGUGGAAAGUAUGCUGUGCAUGAACGUGAAGUCGCACACGGUAGAUCUGACUACCCUGAAGAGGGAUUCCAUGAGUAUACGCAGCCACUUGAUGGCAGGGGAAGAGGAUCUUUAAGCAGUGAUGCCAAAGGACUUGGCGAGAGUGACACUGAUUCGAUGGCAGAGUAUGGUGAAGGCGAUGCUGCUGGCAUGACAGAAGAUGGUUCAUUCAUUGGUCAGUAUUCAUCCUUGCAAGAACAAAAACGCCAGAAAAAGCUGAAAGAAGAGCAAGACAGGGCCGCUGCAGUCGCGGCAGCUAACAAACAAUACGGAGGAGGUUUUGCCACUGUAGUAUAGACUGAAACAAGACGAUUUACGGAGGAUGGCUCAUUCAUCGGACAAUAUGUUCCUGGCUCAAAGCCCCGCGCGGGUAAAGCAGCGGACCAACCGUCUCCUUCGGCUCUGGCCACAUACGUCUAGUGAUGAACCAUCCUUGAAAGGAAAUCGAAUAAGUGCACACCUGGUAGCAGGUAGGCAGCAGCUUAGUUAUUUCCAGGAGUGUCUUCUUGAUAGGGAUAAGGACAAUUUCACGAGUGCUAUGAGCACUGGACCGUCGACAUGAAUGUCAAUUGCAUUGUGGUAUCGGAAGAGUGUCUAAGAGCAAUUUUACCAAUGACUUGUGACAUGAGGUUCGCGGUUGCUGCUGUAUAAAAAUCAAAAAGUUUCGCACUUUGCUUUGGGCUAGCUUCUUUUAUUAAGCAUUUUAAUCAAAGACAAUAUUCCUUACGAAUCUUUUGCGAGAAGCAAUAUUUUACUAGCAAUGGCACAGCCCUGAAUUGGAAGAGACAAAUUUGUGGCUUUUCAGUUUUAAGCAUGAGCUCAUGAAAAAUCCAACAAAGCGUCUUUAAUUUUGUGAGGCUUUGCUGUUCGUCUAUUUUAACAAUCAAGCAUUGAAAUUUCCUAAAGAUCAAUCAAACCAGGGACAAUUUUUAAGAAACUGUACAAAAGUGGUGCCUCGUUACAAAGAAAUGGUAGAAGUGCGGCCAGUUUGUUAUUUUACCCAGCGCCAAAUUUCACUCCUUGAUUGUUGAACGUAGAAAGCUGAGGAAAACCCAAUUUUCGCUAAGAUGAUGCAUUUUGCGCUCCUGUGUACAUUGCACCUACCAACUCCUAAGAGUAACGUGAUUCCGUGUAGAACUCGUUGAUAGAGGCAGGGAUAUUGUUUUUGUAUUAGUAAUAAGCAAAAAGUAGACAAUUCAAAUCACUCUCUUACACACCAAUCCAAAUACUAACCAACGUAUGAUAUUAAUUACUGUACUGCUGCUAGUUGAAUGUUUCUGUAGUUGUUGGAUACACGUUUCUAGCUGUUAAAUCGCUUCAUCUAAUAGCUGUUGCUGUUAAUCACAAGUAAUAUUAAUGUGAACGUGAGAAUGAUUACAAGCGCAGAUGAGGCCUUUCUGAAAUUGAAGCGGAAAACACUGCCUUGUUUUUUUACAAAAAGCGCGUUAUUUUGACAGCAAAAAUUUCAUAUCGCAACAAUCAUCGCCAGUUUUGGCUGCUGACGAAAGAUUUUGUAAUAUUUUUUUGCUCUUUAUGAAUCUCGCUACAGAAAUCUGAAAGCUUUUUUACGCAAAUUAGGAAUGACUGUGUGCGACAUUAUAUAGGUAUAUUAUAUAUGAUAGUUAUUAUCACUUGUAAGCAACGCAAGCGGAUUAGUGAUUUUGGAAUGAUAUUGAAAUUGGAUCUGAAUGACAGAAAACCUGUUGUGACCAGCAAGACUUGCUCUAAAUAAGGGUAAAUAGAAGUAGUAGUGAUAUAAGAUUGCACGGAUACGCAGGCAAAGACAUUUUUACGAGCAAAAUUGAUGUUAUUAGCGCGUAAUGGAAUAGCAACUUUCUAUGUAAAGAAAAUAAUAUUGUACUGUGGCACACACUCACUUUUCCACUCUUACGAGGAUGCAUGAAUUAUUUUCGUACUUUUCCGCUCUUUGGGAAAGAAAGUAACUGAAUGCAGCGUGAUGUUGAUUUUAUCUGGAUACCCUCGAAAAAAGAAGCUUUAAAUGAUUUGCUGCCAUAAUUUUAACCUUUUGAUUGCAUUGAAAGCACGUGUCGAGUAAUUGUGUUUAAUUCGUACUAUCUCUAUAUUAGUCAUUUAGUUGUGUUAGCUCAAGUGCCUUAAUUAUUAUUGUCUCUUUUUGACCCGAUUUGUCGUUUCUUCAACUUGAAAGGCACUUCUUCAAACAAUGUGGUGAGGGGUAUGUGAUAGGAAAAUGUAAUACACGCAACUGACGAGUAACCAGGCCUCUAUUUAUUAGUAUAUGCUUUCCAACAGUCUUGGCCUCUAAAUGUAUGAAUAAUACUCUUUUAUUCAAUCCAUUCGUCCAUUUAUUGCAUAUUGUUGUGUUUUGAUUUCCAGUACUUUUUUAAGCACAAUGAUAUUAUUUUUUUGGGUAGACGCGAGGCAUCAAAAUGCUGGAUUCGCUUAUGGUGUGGAUCAUAAGAAUUCGAAAUUCUUUCACCGUGUGUGCGAUUGAGUCAUAUAUAAUGUGAAAAUAUAUUUCAUGCGCGGCUUUUUAUCUUUGAAUUAACUAUGAAAUCAGCUCAUUCCUUAUAUAAGCUAAAAGAGAAACACAACCGCAGCGCUCUCGAUUGUAUGCAACGUUUGUUGAUUGUAUUAUUACUUUUUCCGAUCUCUGUUCACAGCGAAAAUCUAUAAAAGCAUCUAUGUAAUCACUUUACUCAAUGGCAGCUCCUUGUUUUUUUCCACAGAUAUUUUUAUUUUUAUGUUGAUUUGCUGGUAAUAAAAUACAAAAUCGCACUUAAA